UUCUAACGAACUUUGUCGUUYAGGGUCGAGUUUCAGCCGAAAUAACAGCGAAAAAACUUGAAUUUAACCUUGAAUAUACCCAAGGAAAAUAAUUCCAACAAUAUGCUAUGCAUUGCAUGUAACAGUAAGGUUCCUGCGUCAAUCAAGAUUUGCUCUUGUGGACAUGUUUUCUCACCUGAGUCCCAACGCAUCCUUGGUAAGCGGUUUUCAGUUUAUAGAAUCGGUCGGAAGAGAAGAUCCAGUGGACUGAGUGAAAGGCAGUCAAAUUCGGAUGUCAAACUGGAACCGACAAGUCCAAAGAAAAAGAAAACAAUCAUGUUUCGGACCAGCCCACAAUCCAAAAAACCUAAAGACUCGCCCAUCAAGCGYUUGUCACAUGUGAAAAAGAAAACGUCGAAAAARCGAAGGAGGUUCCAAGUGCUCAAGGAAAAUCUUUCCGGUAAAUCUAAAACUGAACGACAACUGAUGGUGCAGACCUCGCCACAGAAAACAUUACGACUCUCYCUCGCACUCGCAGAAAUAAACAGACGCAUUUGCGGCCAGACGUUACUAUGGAGAAUGCUAUCGCCAUAGGUGUAUAUAGUAUAAAUAUAUAUUUAUACAAUAGAAAGAGUGAAGACGUGUAUAAUACUCGUGGGUCAAGUUCAGCGUCCAAGAAUUCCUUCAGUGACAGAAGUAGAGAUCUCAAUUCAGAUUGACGCAUUUUAUAACAAUGUUUGAACAACAAAGUUGGCGACGGGACUGUUAGUUGGCAAUACUACGUUCGGAUUAGAAAUAGGCAUUAUACCUAAGCAUAAAGCGAUACCUCUCAAGGAACACCUCUAUACACGACUAUAAUAGGACCUAAUACGGGCAGAUAUCUUUUUAACUCCAAGAAAUUUUMCGAGCAAUACAUGGGCGCACAUUGAUAAACGUAUUUCGCGGACAUUUCAGUAUAUUACGACCACGUUUCUAUGGCCCUUCGCCAUGACCUUAAAAUAGCUUUUUCGGUGUUAACUCAACAAAAUAUGUUUGUUGUCAUUGUUAAAAGACAAUAGAAUCCGAAAACCGCGAAAACAAAAAAAUAGUGUCAGUGUACAUAUGGACUUACAACAUCGGUAAUAAGCAGCUUUGCUUCUGGUAGCCAACGUCUAUGUGCACGUAAAUAAAAAGAGGUAAUUAACGAUGUGACCCCACCGCGAUUUUGAAUUCCAUUGUUUUUGGUAAGGCAUAAAUAGGAUGCCAAGGGAGAAUUUAUCAAAACAUGAAGACAGUAUAGUUACGAGGGUAAUAUAUAAUCAUAAUUUAGAUACAACAAUAUGCAGAAAUUAUGAUCAUUUUGACUCACAUUCCAAUUAUAUACAUAAAAUAUAUAAAAAAUUAUGGGAUAUUAUCGCUAAUAUUUUUUUCAGAAGUGCUAG